AUGUCUCCAGCUCUGCGGAACCUCGUUGGGCCUCGUAUUUCAGGGAAGAGCCCUACCCGGCACUUUGAAGUCACGCGAUACGGGCGAUUCCCUGCCAGAAUUGCCCGCAAACAACAGCGAUUGCGCUUUGCAUCGAUGCCCGGAUUGGAGCAGGUACACGUAGCGGAUUGCACACGAAGACAUCGUGAGACAAGCGUUAACAAAGCGUCUGAUGGCCUACAUGAGGAUACAAAAGAAAUAGCGCUAAUAAAAAAAUAG